UUGUUCCUUUACAGAAAGAGGCAGAGUAUAUUUUAAUUCAAGUAUACGAUUCCAUGAAGAGAUACCAGUGUUUGAUAUUUUACCUGAAAUAUCUAGCCAGAAUUCCCGUCCGUUCAUCGUAUUCAAAGCUGGAAGCAAAGCGCAGCGUUGCCCUCUGGUCCAUUCGCGAGGGUGAUCCUCUUGCAUGGACAUCUGUCAGAUGACUUUGGACAGUCCACAGGCUGUCUAUAAAAACACGGCUCUGGAAGGGAGUUAGAAACUCCACUGGCCGCCUGUUGCUGAUCCUCCUCCUCCGUCCGCGCGCUGGCCAUCCCAGCGCAAAGACACAUUAUCAUGGCUAACCACUGCAUCUGCAUACGAAUGCAAUUAUUGCAGUUAUCGUAAAAUACAUAGCUAUGUGAAUAUUUCAAAAGCGCGCGAAAUGACAGUUUACUUUCGACAUCGAUCGCUCCAGGGUGUAUCGAUCCGCGAAGACGACUCGUCGGUCAAAAUACUCAAAAUUAAUUCGUCCAGAUCGCUGUUUUUGUGUAAUUGUGACAAUGCACUUUAAUUAACGGCGCUGCAACAGCGUGUUUUUCCCCGGGGCUAAUUCAAUUAGCAUACUUGAUUAUUCGCGCUCGGCCUCGCACUUUCGUAUAGCACAAACGAAUUAAUUCGUUUAACCGCGGUCGCACUCGGGUCGUCCGGAUUGACCUGUUGAUUAAUCAAAAUUGCUCGGUCGGAGGGUUCGCGCGCGUUCAUUACACUCGCUCUUGACUUGACAUUUGACGCGCGAGUACGUCAAUUAUAGAUGAGGAAGGAAGGGAGUGUAGAACAUUUAUAUUUAUGUUCAACUGUGCUUUUUAUCAUUUUUUUUCAAAAUAAUUUUAUUUUUUUUUGUUAUUUUCUAACAGGAACUUUGAUGAUGCUAUUUAUCGAUGAUUAUUCGCAUCGCGAUGAUAAUAUGUAUAUUUUAAUAUGCUGCAUAAAUUUUGCAAUUCACAAUAAGCUCGAUGUAUUUAUAAAUAUGUGCAUAUUUUUAUAUUUUCUAUUUUUGAGUGUAAUUAUUGUAAUUAUUGUAAUUAUUCUAAUUUUGUAGGCUAGAAAUCUUCUCAGGUUUAAAAUUUCGAAUUUUCUGAUUGGCUUCGCCAUUUUUGGUUAAAGAAGCUCUCGACCAAUCGGCGAAAAGUCGAGGAGAAUAUCUAGAGACUUUUGUUAAACUAUGCUCGAGAUUGAGAGAGACCUCUCAAGAUCAUCUGUGAAACUGUUCAAACGUCAGUUUUGACAGGAAGAACAAAAAGAAAGGAAAAGAAAAGAAAAGAAAAGAAAAAACGGACAGGAGGAAGAAAAAAAACGCCCCGUCUCGAGCGGAAACGUCAAAGAGACGUCAAAUUCGAUGACGUAAAAUUGAUCUUUCUCUCUCCCCUCUAUAAAAUUGGACCUGUCGACGUCAUUUAAUCAUAUCAGAUAUGGACACCGAUACGGCAUGUAUUGGUGAUACCACGAGGACGUCGACGACGACGAUGACAAAGAGGACGAAUGGCCAAUUUAUAACCUAAAGUCUCAUGUAUGAUUCUCUCCUCUUUCUCGUCAUGUGACAUAUUAUAUUACAGCGGUGCACAGAGAUAUGUUGAAACACGUUAUGAUGGACGACCCGUACGAACUAAACUUGAAGAAUGUGGUCAGCUGGAUCGCGUCUAGCGCGCUAAUUUUCGGCGCAGUUGUACCGUAUAUACCCCAAUACAAGGAGAUCAAGAGGAAGGAGGAUGCGGAAGGAUUCUCCCUCUACGUUUGUCUCACCCUUCUAAUCGCCAACACGCUCCGCAUAUUGUUUUGGUUUGGAAAGCGUUAUGAGCUUCCACUGUUAUUGCAAAGUUUACUUAUGAUUGUGGCGAUGUUUGUUAUGAUUAAACUCUGUAUCAAUGUGCAAAACAGAACGCAGAUUAUCAAAGCAAAAGAGCGUGUACUUACAGAUUUUGACACUAGAUUUUUUUGGAAAUGGACAGACUUCAAGUCCUACCUAGGUUUCAUGAUUCUGUUUGCUGGUACAGGCGGCCUAUUAACAUAUUUAUUUUUGGAUAUACCAAUAUUUAUUGAGAUUAUUGGGUUCUCAGCGGUAUUGACAGAGGCUAUGCUAGGAGUUCCACAAUUUCUUCGUAACUCGUCUAACAAAUCGACCAUAGGGAUGAGUAUAGCUAUGGUGGCGAUGUGGACUGUGGGUGAUGUUUUCAAAACGUGUUAUUUUGUUCUGAGGGACACACCCUUGCAAUUUCAGGUGUGUGGUGCUCUUCAAGUUACGAUUGAUAUCGCAAUUUUAGCACAAGUGUACCUUUAUAAAACUAGUAACAAUGUACAUACGAGAGCUCCCAUAAGAUCGGACUGAAGAUUGUUCAGCAAGUUAUUUCUCAUCUAGAUUUGUGGAUGCAGAGUUUUUUUAUUUCUCAAUGCCGAGAAAUUGAACAAAAUCUAAAAAGAGAAUAUAUUUUUAUAUUCAUUAAACAUGAAUCGCAAAGCGAGGUAUAUGUAUCUGAAAUAGAAUAAGUUUCCGAACAUUUACCAAACAAAGUGCAGUUAAUAUUUUGAUAACGAUUUAGACGUUUGUCAAUUAAUAUAUAAAAGAAUAAUGUAUAUAUAUAUAUAUAUAAUCAUUUUAUAAAAUUUAUAUUUAAUGUAUUAUUCACAUUCAGUACCAAAUGUAACCAUUCAGUUCCUCAUUUUACAUUUAAGUAUAAUUAUCACACAUUAUAUUUUAUUACAUUAUAUUA